UUUCGCAUCUUGGCAUUGAAGUUAGAUCCGCAUUCCUCUCUACUCGCCCGUGUUAACCUCUUGACAUUCCGUAGUUUUCUCCACUCGCUUCUACGCAAGUUGUCGGGUUGCCUGGUGGAGUUGCCGAGGGUUUGCGUCAACGAUUUGGUGGGCGUCUGAGUCAUAGCGAUGGUUAUUGGUGGGGUCCAAACGAGGAGCAAGCGGCGGGGACCACCGGCACGGGGAGGCGUUCCGGGGAAGAAGGUGAGAGUGGUGCAGCUCCAACCGGAUAGUACUGAUGAUGACUUUGUCGCGCCGCCCUUGGCUUUUCUUGCUAGGUUGCAAGAAGACCCUGUUUGGAAAGCCCCGGAUGGGAAGUUGUCUGCGGAGGAGGAAGCAGCUUUUCCUAAGGUCAAGACUAGGUCUCCUGCUGGCGUUUUGGUUGAUGCGCUAAAGGAUUUGUCCUUUCAACAGAAGAAGGCCAUUAGAGAUCUCGGGUUUUCAUCUUUGUUGGAGUUCAAUGUGAGUAAGUGCCCGCCUCGCCUAGUCUAUUGGUUGUUGUCCAACUUUGAUGGGCAGUCGCGAUCGUUUGAUUUGGGGGGUGGGAGGUCGUUGGCAUUGGAGGAGCGGGAUGUUGAAUUAGUGUUGGGGUUUCCUCGUGGUUGUGUUGAUAUGGUGAAGCGUGAUAGGUUUCAGAUUAGUAAUUUGUUGCAGCGGUGGAGGGAUAAAUUUGAGAAAAAGAGGCAUGAUGUGACACCCGCGGAGAUUUCGAAUGUGAUGGUGAAGCUUGUAGACGGUGGACUUUGGUUCAAGAGGCAUUUUUGUAUGUUGGUGUUGACGACGUUAGUUUCUUGUAUGCGCAACGGGUAUGCGAAUCAGAUGUACUUCCAGUAUUUUGAUGAUGUUUCACGUGUUCGGGAUUUAAACUGGUGCAAGCUUCUAGUUGAUUCGUUGGUUGAGACGCUGGCUGCCUGGAAGUCUGGCAGGCACAAGUGUUUUAUAGGCCCUGCUGAGUUUGUGGCGUUGUUUGACUGAGUAAUGCAUUUAUGUCGCUCGGUCCCGAGGGUGGUCUCGUCUUUUCGUGGGUGGGAUUCAGAUCUACUUAAUCAGCGGGAGCUCUCGGAGAUUCGUUUGGGUGGUUUUGGUGGUGGGGUUAUUGAGCCACCGCUCUUGGGUGGUGUCGGGUGUGAUGGUGGUGACCCUCCUCAGGAGGAUGGUGAUUGUGGUGUUGGUUUUGAUGAUUCCAGUCCCCUGCCAGCUUGUCGUUAUGGUCCUAAGGUACACUGUAUGUUUUUUUUUCUGUUUUUUUUCCCUUUUUUUUUAAUUGUGCUUGUGGGUCAUUGGGUACUGAACCCUUGCCUAA